ACCGCGCUCUGUUUGUGCCGCCCGAGCUCAUCCACAAGCAUCAGCCUCGUUUAUUGCUAGGGCUCUGCGAAUGAUGCUCAGCUGUCAGAUUCGCUGAUACUUCCCUCUACUACGCAGUGCAGUAAAGAUAUAAUAGGCCAAGGUGACGCAUUUGCUGUACAAGCCAGUAAUUGGUGGAGACGCGUACGCACAGCCACCGAGACGCAAGCACAACCUCUUAUUAUAUGUGUUCAGAGGACCGCUUGGGAAACUGAGGCAUAUUUGUAGCGCCUGUCAACCCAGCUUAAGUAGCCCAUCUCUUUUUUAUCAACCCGCAAGCUUUCCGCUGUCUCGGUCUAUCGCUCCAAUGACUUCACCGGCUAUUGAGGCCAAAUCUCUAUCGUCGCUUACAACACUUGCUUCCAAUCCGCCAGCGUAUCCAAGAAAUCCAACCCACGUGAAGCAUGAGCCGCUGGCGCUUUACAUUGCCCGCGUUCCCGGUAGUAGAGAUGUAUUUUUAUCUCCCAUGAAACCUCGAGAGAAGGUGGUCACUGCCGAGGAUAUCCAAAGCUCCCUCUACUUCGUUCACGUUGAACAACCUGAAGAUGUUCACCUCAGCGAUUUUCCUGAUUUCCAGCAUCCCGACUACUCAGAGCUACGCCAGACCUCUCCUCAUCGAUUACCAGCGCCACCAGUCCAACGUAAGGCAGUCGCAGGGGUAGCACCUGCUCCUAUGCGAAAGCCUGUGCCUGGAACCCUCGCACUCAUCAGUAACUUCGAAAGCAGACAGAAUGCUAGUGCAGGAAGCUAUUCCCAAAGGCCCGGAACCCUAGGUUCGGAUCACAGUCUACGUCGCUCUUACGAUUCAAGUCAACAUCGACAGGAGAAUGAGAGACCAACAGCUUCUCCGCGCAGAUCCUCCGAGAGGCCGCCACCUGCUAGCACUUCGCUUACUCUUAUUCGACGAGAUCCAGCGUCUGGCGCUCAAUGGAAUGUUGCGCGAAUUGAAGAUCCGACCAUCGUCGAAGUUUCAUCUUCAACGCUAAAUAACGCUACAGCAAAGAGGAGGGCUGGGGCGCCAAUGUACAUCGACGUGUUGAAUCCGGGCUACUCGAAAUUUCUACAUUCGGACGUUACAGACAAACCUGCUUUUUCAAGCUAUAAUAGUGAGAUGUCUGUUCGAGCUGAUCAUACAGGGAUGCUAUCACAACCUCGGCAAUCAGGACCACCGCUAAGCAGUCAAUCAACUGCAAGCGAAAACACUUUCCGUCGACGCUUGUGGAUGGAAGGAUCACAAUACACCAACGGCGGCUUUGGGCAUCGAAAGAAUGACUCGUAUGAUUACAAUACUGGACGUCCUGGUUCGAGAGGGAGUUACAGUGGUCAAGCUGAGAGGACUUCAACGGAUCUACAUCCUCAGCCAUCACCCGCAUUCUUAACUCGCGAGGAUCAGACGUACAGCACCAUCCAGGUCUCCGACAGGCAGACAACCUUCCGCGGCUACGUGUUUACAAGCCCAUGGAAUGGUCGAUGCGAGUUCACCACCGGUGCGGGCGGAGGCUCUUUAAAGUGUCGCCAUAUCGUCCCCGGGCUUCAAGGAGCACCGCCUGCUGCUAUGCAAGUCAGUGAGCUGAGAUUCAACCUUCCGAGCAGCUCUAAGGCAGUUACACCUCGAGCGGAAGAAUCAUCAAAACGAUCUUCUAUUUUCCAUCGAGGUCGCCACAGUCGUAACAACUCUUCAGUGUCAGUCAACCCCGACGAAAACACCGGGGAUGUUAGGAACUCCCUAGACCGUCUAGAUCUAUCACUAGGGCAGGAGUUUGCUGGAGGUGGCUUCGGUGGUAAACAGGCGAAGCUAGGGAAGAUCAUCCUUGAAGAUGAAGGCCUGAAGAUGAUGGAUUUAUUAGUGGCUGCCAAUCUAGGACUGUGGUGGAGAGCCUAUGAGAAAGCAAGCGCGACUUCACGCUAGGUCUGACCAGGGUGACGGUGGAGGGCCCAGACAAGGACAGAUGAUUCUAGACCUCUUGAUAGUAACACCAAACAGUGGUUACCAAGCGAAGAAAGACAGUCACUUGCACAGUUAUUGCCUGAAGUACCUCGGCUCUUGAUCACCGCUACCUGAAUGUUGUCCAGGAGAUAUAUUCAAGAAGUCAUGUGUACAGUCUGUUGAUUAGCCGAUUGAAAGGUAUAUGAGCAGGCUUGGCUAGCUUAAGUUUCGCAUUCACUUCAUCCUCCUCAAGUAUAUACCCAACCCACUUAGCUCUGGAAUUAAAUUAGAGGUUUAUCAAAUCAUUUAGUCAUGG